CGGAGCCGAGGACCAAGGAGCCGAGGACCGAGGAGCCGAGCAGCGCGUGCAAUAUCACGCAAGGACCUGCUGGAGGGAUCAACCACCAGUGCGGCAGCUGCACGUUGAAGACCAGGAACUGGGAGCUUCCAGUGGAAUCUGUGAAAUAAUUUAGAGGAUAAUAACCUUUUUUGUGGGGCUCAACUUCCGAUGUUCCCUUGAAACGUCUCUGAAAAUGGAAGCGAGGGGAGACGCAAACAAAUAGACGGGAAGAAAGAGAUGUACAGUAGCCCGGAGGAGACCUCCGGCAGUCAGCGGUUGGUGGAUUUGUCACCUCGGCGACAUGCUUUCAGUUUUUUGAAAAGGACUUUAACCGGGAGGUUGUGAGAAGCCAUGUGUUUUCUCUUCAAUGAGCAUUCUGAGACGCUACAAGAAAAGCAAAAUACUACAAUGGCAGGUGGAUUCCAAGACUGAGACAAAGAGCAGCUCCAUUCAUGGCCUCCAGAAGAAUUGGGCCCUCGUGUGCAGUUCAUACAUAUUCAGAGGUUACCCGCCUUGCGGAUUUCUUGCUGUUAUCUCCACCGCCGACACUGAAAAUGGACUCAAUCAUCCAGAAUGUCUUCAGGGCUAUCUAGUGGUUGUCUUUUUGAUGAUGAAGUCAUCAGACUGAGCCCCUGUGGAGAAAUGUCGGACAUUAAGAUGCAAGCACCUGUUGGGAGAGCGUUUACGAAAGACUGCUUUUCAAAAACGACACCAAACUGCUGCAGACGGCGAGUUUCUGUCCGUUUCUCUGCCCUCCUCGUCCCUACCGUCCUACUCCUCUUCUCCGCGGUCACGCCCGCUCUGUCCAUCCACAUGGAGUCCAUAGAGAGCCACAGUGAGUUCAGCUGUGAGCCCAUCAGACUGAGAAUGUGCCAGGAUCUGCCUUACAACACCACCUUCAUGCCCAAUCUACUGAAUCACUACGACCAGCAGACGGCUGCACUGGCCAUGGAGCCGUUUCAUCCCAUUGUGAACCUGGUGUGCAGCGCCGACCUGCGGAUGUUCCUGUGUGCCCUGUACGCUCCGGUGUGCACCGUGUACGGCCAGGUGUCCAUGCCGUGCCGGUCCCUCUGCCAGCAGGCGAAGGACGAGUGCCACAAACUCAUGGAGGUAUUUGGACUGGCCUGGCCAGACGACAUGGAGUGUAGCAGGUUCCCAGACUGUGAUGAGCCCUAUCCUCGCCCAGAGGACAUGCUCACGGGCUCGGGUCCCACGGACCAGUCAUCCCUGACCGUCCAGAGAGAUUACGGGUUCUGGUGCCCCAGAGAGCUGAAGGUCGACCCGGACCUGGGUUACACGUUCAUGGCCAAAAAGGACUGUUCUGCCCCGUGCCCCUCGAUGUUCUUCAGCAAGCAGGAGCUGACGUUCAUCCGCUACUUCAUCGGCGUCGUCUCCGUCGUCUGUCUGUCUGCAACGCUCUUCACCUUCCUGACGUUUCUCAUCGAUGUUACGAGGUUUCGAUACCCUGAGCGGCCGAUAAUCUUCUACGCUGUGUGUUACGUCAUGGUGUCACUGGUUUUCUUUCUGGGCUUCCUGUUGGAAGACCGGGUCUCGUGCAACGCCGUCAGCCCGUCCCAGUUCAGAGCGUCCACCAUCACACAGGGCUCACACAACAAGGUGUGCACCCUCUUCUUCAUGGUGCUGUAUUUCUUCACCAUGGCCGGCAGCGUGUGGUGGGUCAUACUGACGAUUACUUGGUUCCUGGCCGCCGUGCCUAAAUGGGGCAGCGAGGCCAUUGAGAAGAAAGCCCUCCUCUUCCACUCCAUUGCCUGGGGGCUCCCGGGGGCCCUGACUGUCACCCUGUUGGCCCUGAACAAAAUUGAAGGCGAUGGGAUCAGCGGAGUGUGUUUCAUAGGCCUCUAUGACAUGGACGCCCUGAGGUGGUUUGUUCUGGCACCGCUCUGCCUCAACGUGGCGGUGGGCGUCUCGCUGCUGCUAGUCGGCAUCGUGUCUCUGAACCGGGUGCGCAUGGAGAUCCCUCUGGAGAAGGAGAACCAGACCAAAUUAGUCAAGUUCAUGAUCCGAAUGGCAGUGUUCUCCAUCCUCUACCUGGUUCCCCUGCUGACUGUGAUUGGGUGCUACCUGUACGAACACACCUACCGCGACGUCUGGGAGACGACGUGGAUGGAGGAGAACUGCCGGCGCUACCACAUCCCCUGCCCAUACAAGGUGGAGCAGACCAGCCGGCCAGCCAUGGUGCUGUUCCUCAUUAAAUAUGUGAUGAUAUUGGUGGUGGGGAUCCCCUCCGUGUUCUGGGUGGGCAGCAAGAAGACCUGUUUCGAAUGGGCCGGCUUCCUGCAAGGACGCAGACGCAAAGAUAGUGGGGUGAAUGAGUCUCGCCAGGUGCUUCAGGAGCAGCCGGACUUUGCUCAAUCUCUGCUGCGUGAACCAAACACCCCCAUCGUGAGGAAGUCCAGAGGAACGUCCACUCAGGUCAGACGGCCGUGACGGAGCAGCGUCAACAGUGAUCCUUGUCAUACAUGUCGUGGUAUUAUUAGGACGUCAAACCAGACGUGUGGUAUGAAUCCUGCAUGGAUGGAAAGUUCUCUUCACUGGAACCAGAAAAGGUCUUUGGAGGACGAAAUACGAUGCUUUGACUUCUUUACGAAGCGGCACAUUUGCCCUGCGCUCCGCAAAAAAUAUACUCUCAACAGGAAAUCUGCGUUUAUUGUACCACAGCCUUGUCCAUCCGCACCUCUUGUAUUGUAAUAUGCUCUGGGGAUCCGCAGCUAAAACUCAGGUCAAAUGUAUCGAGAUUUUACAAAAAAGGGCUGUGCGGAUCAUCUGCAACGUGAAGAAUAAUGAACACACAGAGCCGCUUUUUAAGAGAUUGGGCAUUCUGAGAUUUACAGAUCUACAUUUGUGUCAGACAGGAAUUUUUAUGUACAGAUUUAUGAAUAAUAAUCUGCCACAUAAUCUCUUGCGUAUGUUCACAAGGAACACAAAUGUCUACGACCACAACACGCGGCUGCGUGGUGGCAUACAUAUAAAUAAACAUACAGUCGACAUUGUAUUUAAAAGUUCAUCUGUAGAGGUCCAAAGCUCUGGAGACAAAUUCCGGACGAGGUCAAAUCGGCAUCCACCACCAAGGCAUUUGGUUCUCGCCUUAAACGCCAUCUCACUUCAUUUUGAAAGUUUUUAAUAUUGAUAUACAGCCUGGCGGCACAGUACAAUAGAGGGGAAAUAUUUAAAAUAAAAUGUAUAUACAUAAUUUGAUGUUCGUGAUAUUUUUUUCUUCUUUUUUUUCCUAAGUUAUCAGUAGUUCACAUUUGUCUUUUAUUAUUAUUUUUACUAUUUCUUUUUCUUUUGGUUUUCUUUUCUUUUUCCUGUUCUGGUUUUUUGUUGUUGUUGCUUGUACGACA